AUGGCGGGCAAUCCUCCAACCUCGUACACCACCGACCCCACGCUAUUCCUGUAUACCUCUCUGACAGCUGGUUCAUCCCACAUCAUCACAGCAACUUCAAGGCUGGAAACUAUCCUGAAAGCAAACAAGAUACCUUUCCGAGCGAUCGAUGUUGCCACAGAUGAGAAAGCACGCAUGAUAUGGGGUCGGAGGUCGAAAGGCAGAAAACUACCUGGGCUGGUCAGAUACGCCAGUAUAGUUGGGGAUCUGGACCAAAUUGAAGAGUGGAAUGAAUACGGUGAACUGAAAGCACAGAUAGCUGCAACCCUGUCACCCUAUGACGCCUCAAAGUCGGCACCGCAGACGGUGGCUGUAGCUCCCACUACAGCAGCAACAGCACCGACAACAACAGCUGCACCUCCAAAGACCACUUCCUCGGCCCCCCAUAUACGGAUAGGGGAUACUCCUUCGCGGACUCCGUCAGGCGAACAGCAUAGUGAGAAUAUGCCAGCUGCGUUGCGACAGGCGAGCGAGGAGGCUGCAGCAAAGGCCAAGGAGAACAUGCGGGCACGACUGGGGUUAAAGCCUCAGUCACCCUUGCAAAAGUCCGAAGAGCAGAAGGUCGAGGGGAAAGGGAAGAAGCCGGAAGAUCAGAAACAGGAAGAGACAAAGCCAGAGGGCAAGCCAGAUGAAGUGGGACUGAAGGAGAAACAUCCGGAACAGAAGAAGUCUACUGACCAAGAGCCAUCUCAGCAGACGGGACUCGAGGAGGAGACAGAGAAACAAGAGAAGGAAGAAGACAAAUCAGAGGGCGAGAAACCAGAAGGAAAGACGGUAGUGGAACAGAAACCGACCGAAGGAGAAAAAAAAGAGACCCAGAAACUGGCUGGAGCAUCCCAAGAUGCAAAGGGUGACGAGCAGCAGCAGCCGGUUACAGCUGCGGUGGACUCCGACGGCUCGAAACCGGGACAAGAAAAGGACGAAGGAGAUGUAUCAUCCACAGCUGGCCUAAGUGCAACGACCACGGAGGCAAAGGAUGCACCAUCAAGCUCCUGA